AUGCCCGGCGUGACAGCAUCGUCGGUAACGGCAACCUCAGUUCGUAGGCCACGCGAGCCCCGUGAGAUCGCCACACCACGACCACAUCAGCAGCUAGCAGGCUGUAUACUAUGGCUACCGCCUAAGCCUGAGUUACGAGAGGACUCCGGGUCUGACAUUGAGGCGGACCGAUGUAAUCAUCCGGUGGUAAUCCUCUCACCACAAGCAGAAGAUGGAAAUGUGGUAUAUCUCAUGAUCACGUCACUAAAGGGUACAGAGCUCAAGACUCGCUUUAAGCAUGAUCAAAAUCUUAGGCUUGAACACAUCCCUAUCCGGCCAAGCCACCCGCAUCCAGACAAUGGAAUGCUCCUCAGUCUCGAUGAUGUGACACUCGUGCUGCGGAAGAAAUCUUAUGUCAAGACGAAGACGCAGUACCGCAUUCAGAUCGCGUCCCUACGGCCCUACGAGCGUCGAGGACCUGAGUAUAUUCUAUCGCGCAAAUCUUACCAAGAACUUAUCAACUAUGCCAAAUUCACACCUCCGGCUCCUCAUCCCUCCUUGAAUAAUGUCUCUUCUCCUAGUCGUGUAUGGGGGUACGGUCAACCCGUGCCUAUUACUCGGGAGCGUAGCGGUAGCUAUGGCGAGUAUGUGUCUGCUCAGAGACGCUUAGAAAGUGCUGCAGUGAGCCCGCCCCGCGCUCACUAUGUACCGACCACGAAUACGAAUCCAUCCCAGUACGUUCGUACCGCUGUUCGGAGCGAACGAGAUCCACUGCUCGCCCAAUCAUCGUAUACAUAUUCUCGCAGUUCAUAUCCCAGCUAUCCAGGAGGCUAUCCGAGCAGCUAUUCAAACAAUAACCCGCCAUACACGUAUAGAACCUCGGCCCGAGCUGGACACCAGAGCUCGGCACCUCCGGUACCGUUCGACUCGGAGAGAGCCUGGAGGAGGAUAAAGAUACUCUUCUGGGUUUUCGCAGCGCUCAUAGGAGCGUAUGGAGCGUACCGUGGUGUGACCUGGUUAGUAGAUGUAGCUAAGCAGGCUGGUUUCGUGGUUAAAAGUGGCAUCGAGCAGACCGGAAAUAAAAUUGGCAUCUUUUGGUCAACCCUAGCGAGGAUAGGUACUCCCUAG